AUGGACCUGGGUCAGUCAUACAUCUUCUCCUUGUCUACCGGCGUGUGUCUCGCGCGUGUGCCCGAAACGCCGCACCACCCACGCGUGCAGGCUCUCCUGAGUCCACCGGCAGCAUCCUCGAAGGGGCAGGCACAAGAAAAGGCUGGCGACGGUAUGUUUGUGGUGCGCCUCAUUCCGGCGAACCACUGCCCAGGCGCGGUGAUGUUUCUCUUCGUGUCACCAGUUUUCGGGACUGUGCUACACACGGGCGACUUUCGCUUCAACGGCUCGCGGGAGACCUGGGAGCAGUUUGUGCGGUCCUCCAACAGGAGGCAGACGUACGUGCCGCCGUCGCCGUGCCUGAUAAAACGCGAAGAGGAGCAGCAUGCAUCGACAGCGGCGCCGCCCGCUCCGGUUUACGAGCAGUUCAUCGCGGAUGACGAGGCGCUGCGGGACGUGGCGCAGCGGCAGCUCCUCGACGUCCUUCUCCUAGACAACACCUUCUGUGCGCCAGCGUACAGGUUUCCCUCGCAAUGGGAAGUGACGCAGAGGGUGAUCGAGGUACUUCGGUCCCUCUUCCACCGCGCCGCUUGCCGCGCAAGAGUCCCGGCGCCCUCGGCCGGGCAUCCGCAGCAUCGACAAGUGCGUUGCGCUGUCUUGAUUGGGUGCUACACGAUCGGGAAGGAACGUGUUGCGUUGGCGCUGCGGGACGCCUUCCCUCUGGUAAGGUCAUCUGAACAGAGCCACGCAAGAGACCCCCUAAAAGGGUCUCAGCGUCACGCCAACACCUCAGAGCCUGCAUCGUGGCGGAUUCAUGUCUCACCGAGUCGGUACGCCCUACUGUCCUCCAUAGGGUUCUUCGAAGAGUGCUUUGAGCCGCUGAAGGCGUCCCGCUCGAGCGGGAAAGUCGUGACCCCGCGCGACGCGGACAAAGGUGCCUCGUCAAGACCACCGACAGAGACGGCUCACGUCGAAGACGUGCCAGUUCUACUGCCGGUGCUGCUUAGCGAGUGCAAUGCACAGGGCGCGCAACGCAAGAGUGUCGCCAGCGGCCUAGCCUGUAAGCCGGAGGAGACCCGUUCCAGCGCCGCUCCCCCCGUGCGACCGUCAUUGGCGGUCGCCCUCGACACGGUGGACGGCGCAGGAAACCAGUCCGCUGCCGAGGGACGCGUGGAGGAGGUGGAACACCUUCUCAGUGUCUUUCUGGUUCCCAUGGCCAGCGUAGGCUACCGAGCAGUGGCUGCGCUGGCGCACGCCGACGGCCCGGCGGUGAUGGACAUGGAAGACGGGCUGGCGCUUAAUCUGGACCGCUACGAUCAGGUGCUCAUGGUGGAGCCGACGGGGUGGUCCAAGCGCUGCGUGGCGCGAGAGGUGUCGGAGAAAUACACUCUUCUCCGUGUGCCAUACAGCGAGCACUGUGCCUUUCACGAGCUCCUCGAGUUUGUCGCGUUCGUGAACCCGGCGCGCGUAGUGCCGACCGUGUCAGAGGAAGGCUUCAAGCAGUAUGAGGCACUCUUUGUGGAGAGAUCGCCACGCCUCCGCAGUCGCGUGUCGAACGUGCAGCCCAUCACACGGUUCUUCUCGGUGCUACCGGUGCACCAAGCGGAGGCGCCGACUGGCGAAAGGAGGGAGGAUACGGCGGCCACUGUGGCCUCCUCAGCUGCGCGUAUGGUGCUUGAUGGAUCGUCAGUGUCCUUGGCGGGAGCCAUCCCAGUCGAAGAGCCUGCUGUGGAUGAUGCCCAAACGGCGACAACCGCCUCAGGAGUGGCGCGGAAAAGAGCGCGUGCGCAACUGCACGUCGCGACGGUUGCUGUGCCGACAUCGACAACAUCAACGACUGCCACCACGUCGAGCAUCACGUGCACUCUCGAGCACCUUUUUCAGAAGGUCAAGCGAGACGCAGCGCACAGAUCGCCAGAGAGACAGCCUCUGGAAGAGGUGGUGGCGGGCGAAGAUGAUGACUGCCAAGUGGUGGGCGUGGUGCAGGCGGUGGUGGAAAUCAGCGAUGACGACUGA